AACAGUGUUGUUAUUAAAACUUAACUCUCCAACCAGGUCUUGUCUAAUAAGCAUGUGGCUCCUGAUCAUCUGUUGCAAAUCUGCCAGCGCAUCGGUCCUAUGCUGGAUAAAGAAAUUCCACCCAGUAUUUCAAGAGUCACUUCUUUACUUGGUGCAGGAAGACAGUCUUUGCUACGUACAGCAAAAGACUGCAGGCACACAGUCUGGAAGGGCUCUGCAUUUGCUGCUCUUCACAGAGGGAGACCUCCUGAAAUGCCAGUGAAUUACGGUUCCCCACCAAAUCUCGUGGAGAUACAUCGAGGAAAGCAACUCACAGGGUGUUCCACUUUUAGCACAGCAUUUCCAGGAGCUAUGUAUCAGCACAUAAAAAUGCACAGGAGGAUUCUUGGACAUCUGUCUGCUGUUUACUGUGUAGCAUUUGACAGGACAGGAUAUAGAAUCUUUACAGGUUCAGAUGAUUGUUUGGUAAAGAUUUGGUCAACACAUAAUGGCCGCCUGUUAUCCACACUACGAGGUCAUUCUGCAGAAAUUUCCGAUAUGGCAGUGAACUAUGAGAACACACUUAUUGCUGCAGGGAGCUGCGAUAAAAUCAUUAGAGUGUGGUGCUUGAGAACUUGUGCCCCAGUUGCUGUGCUCCAAGGACACACGGGGUCAAUUACAUCUCUACAGUUUAGCCCGAUGGCCAAAGGUUCUCAGAGAUACAUGGUUUCCACUGGAGCUGAUGGGACAGUUUGCUUUUGGCAAUGGGAUUUACAGUCUCUGAAAUUCAGUCCACGCCCCCUGAAGUUCACCGAAAAGCCCAGGCCAGGUGUUCAAAUGCUUUGUUCUUCUUUUAGUGUUGGUGGUAUGUUUUUAGCAACAGGAAGUACUGAUCAUGUAAUCAGAAUGUAUUUUUUGGGUUUUGAAGCACCUGAAAAAAUUGCAGAACUUGAAAGCCACACAGAUAAAGUAGAUAGUAUCCAAUUUUGUAACAAUGGUGACCGGUUCCUCAGUGGUAGCAGAGAUGGAACAGCACGGAUUUGGAGGUUUGAACAGUUAGAAUGGAGAAGCAUUUUAUUGGAUAUGGCUACCAGAAUCUCAGGAGAUUUGUUUUCUGAAGAGGAAAGAUUUAUGAAACCCAAAGUAACAAUGAUAGCUUGGAAUCAGAAUGAUAGCAUUGUUGUCACAGCUGUGAACGAUCAUGUCUUGAAAGUGUGGAAUUCUUACACUGGACAGCUGCUUCAUAAUUUACUGGGACACGCUGAUGAAGUAUUUGUUUUGGAGACACAUCCUUUUGAUUCCAGAAUUAUGUUAUCUGCAGGACAUGAUGGCAGCAUAUUUAUAUGGGAUAUUACAAAAGGCACCAAGUUGAAACACUAUUUUAAUACGAUUGAAGGGCAAGGACAUGGAGCUGUAUUUGACUGCAAGUUCUCACAGGAUGGACAACAUUUUGCAUGCACAGAUUCUCACGGGCAUCUUCUUAUAUUUGGUUUCGGAUGCAGCAAACCAUAUGAAAAGAUUCCUGAUCAGAUGUUCUUCCAUACGGACUACCGACCACUGAUUAGAGAUUCUAAUAAUUAUGUCUUGGAUGAGCAGACUCAGCAGGCCCCUCAUCUUAUGCCUCCACCAUUUUUGGUGGAUGUUGAUGGAAAUCCUCACCCAACUAAGUACCAGAGAUUGGUACCUGGCCGGGAAAACUCUGCAGAUGAGCAUUUGGUUCCACAGCUCGGCUAUGUGGCCACAAGUGACGGAGAGGUAAUUGAACAAGUCAUAAGCCUCCAAACCAGUGAUAACGGGGAGGGAAGCCCGGAGCCCAGCAUCCUGGAUGGAAUGAUAAGGCAGCUGCAGCAGCAGCAGGAUCAGAGGAUGGGGGCGGAUCAGGAGCCUGUGCCGGGUGGACUUCUGAGUGGGGAAGAAACGCCUCGGAGAGGCUUUAGAAGAGUAAGUUUAGACAUCCAGUCCCCUCCAAACAUUGGUUUGCGUCGUAGUGGACAAGUUGAAGGUGUCCGCCAGAUGCACCAAAAUGCUCCUCGAAGUCAGAUUGCGACAGAACGGGACCUGCAGGCUUGGAAACGAAGAGUGGUUGUACCAGAGGUACCACUAGGAAUAUUUAGGAGAUUAGAAGACUUUCGAAUAGAAAAAGGUGAAGAGGAAAGAAAUCUUUAUAUAAUAGGAAGAAAAAGAAAGACUCUUCAGCUCUCACAAAAGUCGGAUUCAGUGGUUUUGGUGUCACAGUCCAGGCAGAGGACAUGUAGACGUAAAUAUUCAACUUACGGCAGAAGAAACGUUGGCCGUCGUGAGUUGUCUUCUGGAAAUGAAUCUUCGUGCUCUGUAAGACAUGAGACCUCCUGUGACCAAAGUGAAGGUUCUUGUUCUUCAGACGAAGAUGAAUGGAAGAGUGAUAGAAAAAGUGAAAGUUACAGUGAAAGUUCAAGGGACUCCUCGUCUCGAUACUCGGACUGGACAGCCGACGCAGGCAUCAAUUUGCAGCCUCCUCUGCGAACGUCAUGUCGUCGACGAAUUACCCGACUUUGUAGUAGUUCAGAGGAUGAAAUAUCUACUGAGAAUUUAUCUCCUCCGAAAAGACAGAGGAGAAAGAAAGAAAGUAAGCCUAAAAAAGAGAGAGAGGGUGAGCAGAGGAUGAGUUCAACAGAGCUUGAAAAUAUGGAACACUUACAUGAAUUUCAUCCUCCAGUGUGGAUAACGGACACCACACUUCGGAAGUCCCCCUUUGUUCCUCAAAUGGGUGACGAGGUCAUCUAUUUUCGACAAGGCCACGAAGCUUAUAUUGAAGCUGUCAAAAGAAAUAACAUUUAUGAACUGAACCCUAACAAGGAGCCAUGGAGAAAAAUGGAUCUUAGGGAUCAAGAAUUGGUCAAAAUAGUUGGAAUACGGUAUGAAGUUGGGCCCCCAACGCUCUGUUGCCUUAAACUAGCAUUUAUAGACCCUGCAACUGGCCGACUAAUGGAUAAAUCUUUCUCUAUUAGAUACCAUGAUAUGCCGGAUGUUAUUGAUUUUCUUGUGUUGCGUCAGUUUUAUGAUGAAGCAAGACAGAGAAAUUGGCAGUCUUGUGACAGAUUCCGAUCUAUUAUUGAUGAUGCUUGGUGGUUUGGAACAGUGUUAAGUCAAGAGCCCUAUCAACCACAGUAUCCUGAUAGUCAUUUCCAGUGUUACAUUGUCAGGUGGGACAAUACUGAAAUUGAAAAACUUAGCCCAUGGGACAUGGAACCAAUUCCUGAAAAUGUUGAUCCACCUGAAGAAGUUGGAGCGAGCAUUUCUGUUACAUCAGAUGAGCUAGAGAAAUUGCUCUACAGACCACAAGAUGGUGAAUGGGGUCAGAAAUCAAGAGAUGAAGAGUGUGAACGGAUUAUCAGCGGUAUAGAUCAGCUGUUGAAUCUUGAUAUAGCAGCAGCCUUUUCAGGCCCGGUUGAUUUGUGUACAUAUCCCAAGUACUGUACCGUGGUAGCUUAUCCAACCGACCUGUACACAAUUCGAAUGAGACUCGCUAAUCGAUUUUACAGGAGGCUGUCUGCAUUAAUUUGGGAAGUCCGAUACAUAGAACAUAACGCCAGAACAUUUAAUGAACCUGAAAGUGUAAUUGCAAGAUCAGCUAAAAAGAUAACUGACCAACUUUUAAAAUUUAUUAACAAUCAAGAUUGCACAAAUAUCUCGGAACUGUCUAACACAUCUGAAAAUGAGGAGCAAAAUGCCGAGGAUCUGGAGGACAGUGACGUUCCUAAAACAUCCUCUGGAAGGAGGAGAGCCCAUGGCUGGAAAAAAAAGAAUACCAGCAGAGCUGCCAGCUACCUUGAAAGCAGCUGGAAGAGACAAUGUAAGGAGCUGGUGAGCCUGAUUUUCCAGUGUGAGGACUCUGAGCCAUUUCGACAGCCCGUGGAUCUGGUGGAGUACCCUGACUACCGAGAUAUUAUAGAUACACCGAUGGAUUUUGGAACAGUGAGGGAAACUCUAGAAGCAGGAAAUUAUGACAGCCCUUUGGAAUUUUGCAAAGACAUCCGAUUAAUAUUUAGCAAUGCCAGAGCAUAUACACCAAACAAAAGAUCAAAGAUUUACAGUAUGACCUUGAGAUUGUCUGCUUUAUUUGAAGAAAAAAUGAAGAAAAUUUCUUCUGAUUUUAAAAUUGGUCAAAAAUUCAAUGAAAAACUUCGACGAAGCCAGAGGUUCAAGCAAAGACAAAAAUGUAAUGGUGUCGUUCAGACCAACAAAAGUAUGAGAAAUAUCAAGCAUAAAUUGUUAAAGUCUCAGCCAAAAGUAAUUCCUGAGUUGGUAGAUUCUCCUACUCAGUCUACCUCAAAUAGGGCGGCCCACCCUGCAACACACAAGAGGAGUGCUGGUGUCUCUUCAGGUGUUACCUCUGGGGACUCUUCAGAUUCAGCGGGGUCGCCGGAGAGAGCGAGAAGAAAUAGACCUGGGACUCUGCGAAGUGACUCUCUGCUGUCUGAAAGUGAAAUGGAAGAUUCCUUAGCUACCUCUUCAUCCUCUUCCUCUUUCAAUAGUUCAGAGGAAAGCAAAGAGAGUCCGCAAGCACGAGAGCCUUCACGUGGCAGACUCUCAAGAAGCAGCAGCCGCAGGGUAACCAGGACUCGAGCUGCUCAGAGGAGAGCUGGUCCUCUUGCCUUAGAAAAUGGAUGUGGCAGAAAAGCCACUCGGAAGAGAAUCUAUUUAAGUGAUUCUGAUAACAAUUCACUGGAGACCAGUAAAAUUCUAAAAGCCAGAGCUGGUAAUAGCCGAAAAGUCCUACGAAAGUGUGCUGCUGUGGCUGCCAAUAAGAUAAAAUUAAUGAGUGAUGUAGAAGAAAAUUCUAGCUCUGAAAGUGUGUGCUCUGGUCGGAAGCUGCCUCACCGCAAUGCUUCCGCUGUAGCUAGAAGAAAGUUGUUACACAAUUCUGAAGAUGAUCAGAGCCUGAAGUCAGAUACGGAGGGAGAAGAGCUAAAGGAGCAGACUCCACCGUUGCCAGCAUCUGGUUCUCACGCUCCCCAGAAUACUGGCAGUGAACCUGAAAAUGGAGAUUCUGAAUCAGAAAGUGAACUGCAGGUAGCCCGGAAAAAUUGGCAUUCUAAUGGUUGUAAGUCCCAUGCUUCAGCAAGUUCCAAAACCAGGUUCCCUAAGAUAGAGUCUUCAGAGGAAGAGUCUAAGAGUCCUGAAUCAGAUAAUGGACACAACAGAGCUGCUGUCCCUUCACCUUUGGAGAGGAAAGCUGAGGCCGAGAGUGGCUCAGAGGAGGCAGACUCUGAACCAGGAAAUAAGACAUUUUGCAAGAAUGCAAAUUUCUUUAAGAAAGCAAAGAUCUUAAGUGAUUCCGAAGAGUCCGAAUCCGAAGAACAAGACAGAGGUGAGGACACGUGUCACAAAAUGGAAACGAUCCCAGUUGCAGGAAACUUGAAAUGUGAGCCGAUUGCUGGGCCUCAGUGCUUCUCAGAUUAUGUAUCCGAGACUGAUUUAGAUUCAGAUGAUGACAAAACAAAAGAAAAACCAAGCAGUUUUAUAAAAGAUUCUACAUCGCAAGAGAGUAGACAGAGCAGAAAAGUUUCCAGGAAAAGGGUCUGCUCCAGUGACUCAGAGAGCAACGCAAAGGUGACCAAGAAACCACCACAAGCCACAACAGGUCGCCUAAGGGUAACUCAGAGCAGUGCAGCUGCCGCUGCCAGGAAAAUGAAGCUCGUGAGCAAUGCCGAAGCUGUCAGCCUAGGAAAUGUGUGCACUAGGAGGAAAGGUGGACGGAAAAAAGCACUCCAGUUUGCUGGUCCCACAGCUAGGAAGCCAGCAAGCGAUGGUGAGGAAGAUGUGAACGGGGCAGUGCCAGAUGAGCAGAGUGCCCGUGCCGGCACGCUGCCUGCCCCUGACUCCACAGGCAGUGCGGAGCGUGCCAGCCAGCCGCUGCACGGAGACUCGGGCUCGGAUGGCACUUGGAAUCCAGGCCGUGCCAACAGGCUUCCCAGUAGUAACACAGAUGUACCUUCCAAAACGGAGAAUUGCCCCGGUGGGUCUUCAGAAGAAGAGUCACAAAGCCGUGCUCCAGGGAGCGAGAGAAGCAGGAAACUUUCUUCUGAGUCACCUUUGGCACAGAAAGCUACUGCGGAGAAUACCUUCGAAGAGGAGCUGAAUUACGGGCUCCGCAGGUGGAAUGGCAGAAGACUCAGGACAUACGGAAAGGCUCCUUUCAGCAAAGCCAAAGUGCUUGCUGAUUCACAGGCACCAACAGAGACGGAAAUAAAAAGGAAGAGACUGCAUCCUGAAUUAGAAAACGUGCAGGUGUCUAGAACACCUGGGUGCUCACAGCAUGGACUCAACACCAGUCCCAGGCCAUCAGAUUUGGGAUCUGUAACUGAGUCAGAUGCUGACUGUACCAGUAACACAAGAGGCAAAAGGAGGCAAGCUAAAGGGAGAGCAAGAGUAGUUAGAAAAGAAUCUGUUCCUAGAGACAGAGAACCCAAUACAAAAAUGAGAACAUGUGUGCAUAAUCAGAAGGAUGCAGUGCAAAUGCCUAGUGAAACUCUGAAAGCAAAGGUGGUACCUGAGAAAAUUCCCCGCAGAUGUGCUACUGUUGCUGCAAAUAAGAUAAAGAUAAUGAGUAACCUAAAACAGACGGUUUCAGGACCAGAAAAUGUUUGGAUUAGGAAGAGUAGCAGAAAACUGCCCCAUCGAAACGCUUCUGCUGCGGCUAAGAAAAAAUUACUGAAUGUUUAUAAAGAGGAUGAUGCGACCAUAAAUUCUGAAAGUGAAAAAGAGCUAGAAGAUGUUAGUAGCAAAAUGGUUUUUCUAAGGCGGUUCAGAACCCGGAAGGAAAAAGCACAAUAGUGACCGGGCACGUAGUGGUGAGUGGAAGCGAGGGGCCUCAAGGAGAGUGGCAGUUGCUUCUGCACCUUGCCCUGAAGCGAACCCUUGUUGGCCGCCCUGGAGGAACCUUCUAAAAGCCAUGCUGCAGUCAGUGGUCAAGGCUUCCUCUCCCAGUGAGCUCACAGCACAGGGCGUUCUGAGGAGGCGGGCUGUGCGCCUGUCGUCAGGUGGAGAGAAAAGACAGGGCCUGUCCUAAGGUUGCUGUUCCCUUCCCUUCCAGAAAGCAAAGGCCUGGAGGAAAUGUCUUGAUUAGAGGAAUAGAAUGGGAAGUGGAUAGGAUAUGCAGGAAAAACUUUUAAGGACUACAAUUUCAGAAGCUCAACCUGAUACUAAUUUUAAGGGUUCUCAGACCACCGUGUCAAUACAGAAAUUGGAGGGGAAAACACAGGGCGCAUUUCCCAAGGAAGUGCCGGUGAGCCUAUCUGACUUGGGUGGAACAAAAACUUUUGUCCUGUGAUUCACAUCCCCAAACGUUGAAACCAAAAGGACCAGGGGAUAUGAUGCUGGGGAUGUUCGUUCUGGAAUACAGUGUUGGAAAUAGGCAGUUGGAGAAAAUUCAUUAAUGUCUUAUUUUGUUUAUGGCAUUGGGAUUUGUACUGAAUGAUCAGUUGGUAUUGACUAAUUCAGGGAUAAUAUAUUUUUCUAAGAAAGCUGUGAAUGUCACUAUCAAUCACUUCAUGUAGCAGCAAAAAUUCAGCCGACUUAGUUUUAAUCAAAAAUAUUGCUUAAGAUCAAAUUGGUCAUAUUUUUAGAUGAUAUAAAAUCCUAUGUUUCUCUACAGCACCUUAAAAGUUAGAACUUAAACACCAAGCAAAUUUACUAUAAUCUUAUGAAACUAAUGACAGCAUAUCUGGUCUAUUUGUGGCCUUUGCUAGGAAUAGAAAAUUUGGUCGUUGUACUAUGGAGAAUUUAUUUGCAGUAGGGUUUGGUUUGUUAAUAAAGUAUUUGUUGACAUUAAGAUUGACAGAUUAAAUGAAUGUGUUGCCAGUACUUUUUAACAGUAAGAUGCUAUUGGAAAAAUAAAUUGUUACAAGCAAGUUGUUUUCCCAGUUUAAAGAUCUGUGACUAUACAUGAUUUGCAUGUGUAAAUA